AUGUCGUCGGCGGAGCUUGGUUCGCCUUGCGACGAACGCAUUUCCAUGUUGCCAGCGCUCAAUUCGAGGAAAAGUUUUAGGGUUAGGGUUUUUUCCGAGGACUAUGCGAGAAUUGCAACCGCAACUUCCGCCGUUGAUCGCUCCGACCUAAUCAACCACCACGCUGAAUCGCACGUGUCAGGUUCCGAGAGAGAUAGUGCAAUGACAAGGAAUCUAGGACACAAUUUCGAAGUUGGGGAUUUGGUUUGGGGGAAGGUGAAAUCGUACCCGUGGUGGCCUGGAUUCAUAUACAACGAGGCUUUUGCAUCUUCUUCAGCGCAACUUACAAAGAAGGAAGGGUUUGUGUUGGUGGCUUUCUUUGGUGAUAGUAGUUACUGUUGGUUUGAUCCAAGUCAACUUAUCCCCUUUGAUGCGAAUUUUGCUGAGAAAUCGAAGCAGCUGAGCUCAAAAUCUUUCUCCAAUGCAGUGGAAGAUGCAGUUGAUGAAGCAAGUAGGAGAAGUGCUCUUGGCCUAAUGUGUAGAUGUAGGAACCCUGAUAAUUUUGCUCCAACCAGUGUUGAAGGGUACUUUUCUGUUCAAGUGCCAGAUUAUGACUCUGGAAUCUAUUCUGAAGCUCAAAUCAGGAAGGCAAAAAAUGAUUUUAGACCUUCUGAAACACUUGCUUUCAUCAAGCUAUUGGCUGUUGCUCCACAUGGUGGCGAUGACAGAAGCUGUAACUUUGCUAGGAGUAAGGCCGUCGUUUUUGCUUUUCGACGAGCAGUGUUUGGGCUGCAUGAUGAGACUCAUGCUGAGGCUGUUGGAAUGCAGCCAUUGUGUCAUUCUAAUCCUCAGGCUAGUCCUCUUGUUCAACCUGUAAUGCAUUUUGAAUCUCAGAACAUGAAGGAAAGAAAUGGUUUUGGACCCCUUGAAAUACUUGCUUUCAUGAAGCAAUUGGCCAUUGCUCGACAUUGGGUCAAUCGCAAAAGCUGUAACUUUGUUAAGAAUAAGGCUGCUGCGCUUGCUCUUCGACAGUCAGUGUUUAAGAUGCAUAAAGAGACUAAUGUUGAGGCUGUUGGAGCGCAACCAUUGCACCCUUCUAACCCUAAGGCCAAUCCUAUUGUUCAACAUCUAAAUCAUCCUGCUAAUGACUAUGACCCUGGAAUCUAUUCCAAAGCUCAGACCAGGAAGGAAAAAAAUGGUUUUGGACCUGCCGAAACAGUUUCUUUCAUCAAGCAGUUGGCCAUUGCUCCAUAUGGCAGUGGUCUUCAAAGCUGUAGCUUCUCCAAGAACAAGGCUGCCGUGUUUGCUCUUCGACGGGCAGUGUUUAAGUUGCAUGAUGGGACUUAUGUCAAAGCUUUUGAAAAGCAGUUACUGUCACCUUCUAGCCCCCAGGCUAAUCGGCCUGUUCAGCCUCAGUGUUAUUCUGCUACCGGCGUUUCUUCGAAUCAUUCAGUGGCGGAGACAGAAACUUUGUGUGCUGAGAACACUUCAAUAUCUGUUAAAGAUGAAGCCAGUGACUCUUACCAAUUGGCUUUUGGGAAGGAAGAGAUACCAGAUGCAGGUUCUGCAGCUUCAGCUAUAGAAUCCAAAGUAGAUUUUGAAGAUAAGAUUCAAACAAAUGACAGUGGUUUUGUAUCAGAAAAAAUUACUUUAGAUGCAAAUCAUAAUCUACACGAGAAGGGAAAAGAAUCUUCAAAAGAAAAAACAAAAAGAUUUGAACCUGUUGCUGUUGCUAAUAAAAGGAUUGUGGUUAUGGCAUUGCCGAGCUUAAUUGAUGAGACAUCUCAUCGUAUCCAUCUACAAAGCAAAACUUGUUUUGAUGCACAACGUGUGCCGAAGAAGAUAAAUAUUCAAAAGCGAUGUGCAGAUGAUUUGAAUUCUGAGACUUCUGCUGUUAUAAAAAAAAGAAAGAGUUCAAAUUUACAACCUACAUUAGACCAUGUGGAGAAGUCUUCAACUUCUGAGAAAUCUGCGCAUCCUUCAAGCACGGUGGAUGUUUCGGCUAGUAAGCCGCUGCUUCAUGAAUUGAAAGCGAUUGCUUUAGAUCAUUUUCAUGGUAUUAAUGGAAGAACGCCUUCAUUUGUUAUCAAGUUCUUUUUGCGGUUCAGAUCUCAUGCUUACCAGAAAAGUUUGGUUUUGUCGUCACCACCAACAAAGAAUGCAGUUCCUGAAGUUCAUGCUACUAAUGAUCAUGCUAGUGCUUCACCGGUUGUUAAGCCUGUAGAUCAAAUUAUUCAGCCUGAUGAUUCAAGCAAAGUUGCGCGAAAAAGGACUCUCCCUGACCCCGGAGAAGAAAUUAACGCGAAGAGAUUGAAGAAUAUCAAGGGGUUAAAGGCACCGGAUGCAGAGAAGAAGGCAACCACUCAGGUUCCACCUGAUAUUGUUAAACCAAACUCGACUGGGGAAGUUAAGCAGCUAACUGAGCGGUUUGAACCGACAGAGCUGGCCAUCUAUUUUCCUCUCAUGGCACCACUUCCAUCUAUUGCAGAGUUGAAGGCAAGGUAUGGUCGUUUUGGGCGUAUACACAAAUCAAGUCUCCGUGUCUUUUCAAAUUUGUCAGCUUGUCGAGUUGUUUUCAUGCAUAAGGACAAUGCUGAAGCAGCAUAUGAAUUUUCUGUAGCAAAUCAAUCCUUAUUUGGCGUUGCUGGUGUGAGGUAUUUCCUCAGGGAAUUGGAACGUACCUCGCAUAAUAUCUCUGAAGUUGCCAAGUCUAGUGAAGACGAUGAAACAAAGCACAUUAAGGAUCCUGCACCACAACCUCUUUCACAGCCAAUAAACCAGCUCAAAUCCAUCCUGAAGAAACCUACUGGUAAUAAGUUAGGCCGAGGAACUGGUAAACGACACAGUGGUAAAGAGCCGCAACGUGUAAAAUUCAUGUUAGCUUGCGAAGAAAGUAGCACGGCGGAGCAAUCAGUUGAUGGUUGUUCACAUUCUAGUGUUGCUAUGGAAUUUAACACUAAGAACGUUCAAAAGGUCAAUUCUCAACCAUCUUUGCCUAUUCUUCCAUCCCCUUCUAAGUUUGCUAAAAAUACACCACAUUAUCUGCAUAAGAUCGAUACGGCAUCGAGAAAUACUACCAAUUUUAUAAACACAGAUGUGUCUGCUACCAGAACUACCGUUAACAUAUCAAAGAAAAUGAUGUGCCUUUUGACAAGGUGCCAUGAUCUUGUGACUAACUUGACGGAUUUAGGCCAUGUCCCCUACCGUCCACUUUGA